UACCAGGUGCACCAGUGAGGCAUCCUGAGGCCUGGUGAGCUGGAAUCAAGAUCUUUGAUGGCGCUUCAUGAAGCGGAUUGAUCGUCUAUGCCACACUUCUUGUCUUUUACCUCCGUCUUGUAUAGUACUGUAGUACUUGCUAUGGAUUUGAAGCUCAUAUGCCGGAGCGUUCGCUCAGACUCCCAACAGGUUCCAUCCGUUGAGCAGAAUCUACAUAUCUACAAUAGGACCCACAUGGUUAGCCGAGUCGGGUCAGGAUGACAUAAAAAAUGGCGUUUGCUGAGUUAUAGUGUACAUGAAUCUUCAGAUUCUGCACGUAUCAACAUGUGAGACGCGUUUUUAAUCUAUUGCUGCAACCAUCUAGGGGCUUCGUCGGGUGGCAGCAGUCAUCAGGGACAGACUGGGACAGAGUCAACCGAUGGCUCGGAGCUGGCUCGGAGACCUUUAUAAACACGGUCAAACUUCAACCUUCGUCCAGGUAACCGCUCUCCGUAGCAGAUAUUACUCAAGAACUCUAUUUGUCUCUGACCAUGUCCAAAAUUCCAUCCAAGCAUCUGGCGAUCGGCCUCGCUUCGCCUACCUCCGGCAUUGUCGCCUUAGAACAACCUACACGCGAACCUGGCAGCGAUGAAGCUUUGAUUCGCGUGCUAUAUGCCGCAGUAUCCAACCUGGAGCUCUGGCAAGCUGACUUCAGGCUCGGCGUGACGGAUUAUCCAUUCAUUUUGGGUAUCAGUCUUGCUGGAGAGGUUGUGAAAGCUGGCCAAGACGCUGGCGUGAAAGUGGGCGACAAUAUCAUUUCAUUUAGCUUUGCUCCCGGGGAAGCCAAGGCCUUCCAAGAGUAUGCACUGCUGAGCAAUUGGAAAGUUGGAAAGAUCCCUUCAAAUGUUCCUAUCCAGGAAGCGGUCUCUGUACCCGAUAAUUUUGUCACAGCGUACUGGUCACUGUUCGGGAACCUCAAGCUUCCAGCUCCUUCAGAACUUCCAACAAAGUCAUCGCCGUUUGAGGCUGCUACCCCUAUCGUUAUCUGGGGCGCCGGAGGAAGCGUCGGUCAAUAUGCGCUUCAAGUUCUACAUCUUGCAGGUUAUACCAACGUGAUAGGAAUCGCUUCUUCCAGUCAUCACGAAUUCCUGCGUUCUCUUGGUGCUGCUGUCAUCUUUGACUACAAGUCCAAAGAUGUCAGCGAGCAGGUACUGAGGGCUGCCGGCGGACCCGUCAAAUACGUCUUUGACACCAUUUCCGAUGAACAGAACAGCCUUUCUCACAUCUCCGAGUUCGUUGUGGAGGGAAGCCAGGUUGCGUACUUGUUACCUGUCCGAUCUGGAGGUUAUGGCUCCGUACAGGGUGUGAAGUCGCAAACGGAUAUUUCUUUCCCUGCUGGUGUGGAGCUAUUUCCUGUUAGAACUGCCUACUACCAUACGAAUGAAAAAUUCAAGAACGAGCUUCAACCAAAGAUAUUGCCGCCGUUGCUCUCCUCCGGCUUGAUCAAGCCUAAUCGCAUCCGUGAGAUUCAAGGUGCCACAUUAGUUGAUCGAGUGAAGGAGGCUUUCGAUAUUCUCAGAAAGGGACAAGUUAACGGUGAGAAGCUUGUUGUUCGCAUUUCUGGGUGAGGCUUUCGCAGUAUGCUGUACAUAGUCGGAGAAAAUGCGGUGUCCGAUAGCCGAAGAGACCUAUGUAUCUCCUUUCACUCUCCUUGAUGAACACCGCGUCGCAGACGCAGAUCACACUGACUAUCUUAUGGAAGAAUAGAGGUAAUAGGCAUGAUUAUUGACCCCUCUUCCACCACGACAAUGAUAUCCAAUUACUACGUGCACCUUCCUUACUUGAGCCGGCGGCAGAUUCGAGCAGAGGGAACUUGGGUAACGGUCAAUGGCUCGGCCCUCCAAUGAAUUCUGAGAAGUCACUGCAAGAGGUGUCUUGACCUCCUUCGACCACUUCAGCCCCGCCUCCUUGCCUAACCCAUAGUUGACGUCUUCUUCGUCAAGAGGGGAUUCAGCGAGUGAGACGUAUGUCUUUGCUAUGGAGGUAUCUACCUCCUUGGUCAACGCCUGGAAGCGUUUCUCAGCCACCUCGCGCUCGCGUUGAGCCCGCCGCUGUUCAUCUACUAUUGCAUCGUUCUCGCUCAAAGGCGGAACCUUUGUUGACGGAGGUAACGUGAGGUAGGUACGUGUGUGAAGGAUAUGAGGAGUGGUAUGAAGUGUGCUUGGCGGAAGGUUAUUCAGGCGGCAUAAAAGUCGUCUCUAGGAAAUGCAAUUGGGUCGACCAGGGUAUAUAAAUUAGC